AAACACUGGUGGAAGGACAGAUCAUAUAAGAUAAGAUAUUAGAUAAGAAACCUUCCUGUUUGUGGAAUUUGUGAGGAUGUCAGUGAAUGAAACACUAAAAUGGCAUGUUGCAUCUCAAAGUCUGUUGUGUUCCAGCAGUGUUGCUGGAGGAGAAGCACUUAUAGCUUAUUUGGUUGGAACAUAGGCAAGAAGAAAACUUCUGAUCUUAAGCCACUGCCUAACUACCAUGAUACCGAUCUUCCUUUCUCUCUUUCUCUGGUAGAAAAAACUUUCUUAAGAGGCAGGGAAUUAAAAUGCUGCUAUAAGGCUACUGUUGAUGGAUUUAGCGCAACGAAUUUUCAUGAAUGCUGUGAUUUCAAGGGACCAUGCGUGAUAAUUGGGUAUACAAACAAAUCCUUCAAGUUCGGAGCAUUUAACCCUGAAGGGUAUAGAAGCACAGAUGACUACUAUGAUACAUUUGAUGCAUUCCUCUUUUACUGGAUUGACAAUGGGGAAACUGAUCCUAUCAUACUGCCCAAAAUUGGGGGUAGUGGUGCAGCGCUUUUUGAUUAUGCUCGAGGGGGUCCCCAGUUUGGGGCUGAUGGGUUACUCAUUGGACCUCCCCUGGCGCCGGUCAUGGGCGGGUUUGCAGGGCCUGACACUAAUUCAGGCAUUGGGGACUUGAGGCAAGCCAAGUCUAGAUUGGGAUUAUCAUAUGCUAAGAGAAAGGAUGGUAAGGAGUCCCUCUUUGGGGAUGACUCCAAGGUUACUCUUGAGGAAGUGCAAGUUUUUUGCAGUCCUCAAAUUGCUAGCUUAUACUAAGAUGAGUAAUGGAGCUUGUAAAUUCUAAUAAUUGAACAUAAUAUCAUUUGCAAUGGAAAAAACCCUAUUAGCAUUUU